UUUUGAUUCCCUCACAGUUGACAUCGGGGUAUGGCAUUGACGAUGCAGUCACAGACGUGCUGAAUAAAGUUGACAUCUAUUUCAUUCCUGUCUCUAAUCCUGAUGGUUAUGAAUAUACAUGGACUACAGAUAGAAUGUGGAGGAAAACAAGAUCUCCGGCGGCAAACAAUGGUUGCCUCACAGAUUGCAACGGAGUUGAUCCUAACAGAAACUGGGACAAUCACUGGGACGCUCCUGGAGGAUCGAGCACUAAUUGUUGCAGUGACACAUUCCGGGGACCAGCACCCUUUAGCGAGGUCGAGGUCAACAGCCAAAAGGAAUUUGUGAUGGGCAUUCCAAAUGUUAGAGCUUACAUUGAUGUUCAUGCUUACAGCCAAUAUUGGAUGUAUCCAUAUGGAUGGUCGAAUACUCCAGCGAAGGACGCAGCUACACUGGCACAAGUCGGACAAGACAGCAUAGAUGCCAUCCGAGCUGUUCACGGCAAAAGAUAUGUCACCGGAUCUAUCGCCGAUGUUAUUUAUGUGGCGACUGGAAGCAGUGCAGAUUACUUCUAUGACGCGGGAAUCACAUGCUCAUUCGCAGCAGAACUUCGAGAUCAAGGACGUUACGGAUUUGCCCUUCCAGAAGCACAAAUUGUACCGACUGGUGAAGAAGCGUUUGCAGGCCUGAUGGUAAUGGCACAAGCGGUUGCCGAUGGAACGUGUUAAAAAUCACUGCUUCAAUAUUGUAACUCUUCGCUGGAAUGUUUAUUAAUUUGUAAUUAUUUUUAGCUCAAAAUCAAGAAUAGCUUACUUCGGGGAGAACUAUAUACCAUAUUGUUUGUUUAUUUAUUGCUUAAGCUGUUAGCAUCGGAAAAUUCUCCAUAAUAUACCUUGGAUCUGUAUUUAUGAUGGCAUUACAUUAGGCAGAAAUAAAUGAUUACUUAUAUCCUCAUCAAAAGAUUCUUUGAUGUCUUGAUUUUGACUUACAAUAAAACAAAAUUUGAAAUAAUUUGGUGUAUAAUAAUAAUAAUGAAUGCCUGCCUUCUGAUGAAGUAAU